AUUAUCAUCAUGAAUUUCACUUAUUUUGUGUGUGGAGGUAGAUUUUAGGUUAGAUUAAAAGUUUAUUCCCUGUAGCUGAGUGAGGUAGUGCAGACUUUUAAUCCCAGCAGAGGCAGAUAGAGCUCUAUGAGUUCAAAGCCAGCCUGGUCUACAUAGUGAGACAAUGUCUCAAAGACGAUUUUGUUGCUAAACAUUGUUAAAGACAUGCCAACUGACCUUCUGAGACUCUUCUUUAGGGGGUGUCCAUUAUAAGGCUGACAUCCAGUUUGUUAUGUACUGAGGACUACUUUGAAUAUCUGGUUGCCUGCCUUCACCUCUCAACUGCUGAGACUAUGUACAUACCUCCAUACCCAGUUUUAUGUGGUGCUGGAGACUGGACCCAGUGGUUUGUUCAUACCAGGAAAACACUCUUCCAACUGAGCUGAAUCCGCUGCCCUCAGCUCAUCUCUAGGAUUUUGGUGCUCCAAACAUGGAGUGAAAUAUGGUUUUAAAUAGAAAUAAGUACCUUCACUAGAAAUGAACAUGCUUGGGGAAAUCAUGUGGAUACAGAGAUGACCUUGGAGAGACUCAGGACAUACUGUCACUGACACAUCAGGCGAGGAUUCAAGAGUCUUCACACAACGGCAAUGACAUGGGUCGAGCUUACUUGGAUUUGGGAGAUGAGCAGCGCCGGGCAACGCUGGUAACUCUAUGUGAAGUAAAGUCACACUUGCAGGGCCACUUUGGAGCUAUGUGGCUCCUUGCCUGUCUGUGCCUUGUGCUGUGUUUUCUGGGAGGCGUGAGCUGCACCUGUCCAGCGCAGUGCACCUGUGAUCAUCACGGCAGGAACGACGGCUCGGGAUCAAGGUCAGUGUUGUGUAAUGACCUGGACAUGAAUGAAGUCCCUACAAACUUCCCCGUGGACACCGUGAAGCUUCGAAUAGAGAAGACUGUGGUCCAAAGGAUCCCCACAGAGGCCUUCUACUACCUGGUGGAGCUGCAGUACCUCUGGCUUACUUACAACUCAGUGGCCAGCAUAGAACCUGGCAGCUUCUAUAACCUAAAGCAACUGCAUGAGCUGCGUUUGGAUGGCAAUUCCCUGACUGCUUUCCCUUGGGCGUCUCUGUUGGACAUGCCCCACCUGAGGACACUGGACCUGCACAAUAACAGAAUAACCCGUGUGCCAAAUGAGGUGGUCAGAUAUCUGAAGAACCUUACCUACUUGGAUUUGUCAAGCAACAGAAUAGCCACACUGCCACCAGAUUUCCUGGAGAGCUGGUCCCAUUUAGCUGUGACACCUUCUAGAAGCCUGGAACUUCCACCGAGAAGAAUUAUUCUUGGUUUACAGGACAACCCUUGGUUCUGCGACUGUCACAUCUCCAAAGUGAUUGAGUUGUCGAAAGUUGCUGACCACACUGUUGUACUUCUUGACCCUCUGAUGGUCUGCAGUGAACCCGAGCGCCUCGAAGGAAUCUUGUUUCAGAGGGCAGAGCUGGAACAGUGUCUGAAGCCGUCAGUGAUGACCUCAGCUACCAAGAUCACAUCAGCUGUGGGUAGUAAUGUCCUGCUGAGGUGUGAUGCCACUGGCUACCCCACCCCACAGCUGACGUGGACCAGAUCCAACAGCUCACCAGUUAAUUAUACAGUAAUCCAGGAGUCUCCAGGAGAAGGAGCCAGAUGGUCCAUCAUGAGCCUGACGGGCAUCUCCUACAAGGAUGCUGGGGAUUACAGAUGUAAAGCCAAGAACCUAGCUGGGACGUCGGAAGCUGUGGUCUCUGUGACCGUUGUUGGCACCGUUACUACCACCCUAUUACCAGACACUUCAGAAAGAAACCCCGGAGAGCGCCCUGAUGAGGAUCCUCAGCAGGGAGCAGGAAGCGUGCCACCUCUACCUAAGUCACGGUUGCCACCCGGCCUCUCUUCCACUUCUUCCUAUUCCACUCCCUCAACUGCUCUGUCUACGUCUCCACCACCUCCUUCUUCCUUCUCUUUGCCUCCUGUCUUCUCUGCUGCUUCUGCACCCACGAGUGUAAAAACCAGCAGCUCGGAAAGCACCGUCAGGACGAGCCACCAGCCACUCCCGCUCCACCCCGGCGGGAAAAGCUAUGCAAAGCUAGAAAAGAACGGAAGUAAGUUUCCGCCCGUCAGCGCGAGUAAGAAAGAGGAGUUGGCACUGUUGGAUCAGGCGAUGCCCACGGAAACAAAUGUCUCUGUAGCCGACCUCAGGGUGGCCAACGAGACUGGAGUGAGCGCGACUUUGACGUGGAACGUCACCACACGGGGGACUGCUGUGACUGUGCUGUAUUCUAAGUACGGAGAGAAGGACCUGCUGCUAGCGGAUGCAGACUAUGGGGAGAACCAGGCAACCAUAGAUGGCCUAGAACCCGGCAGUCAGUAUGUGGCAUGUGUCUGUCCCAAAGGAGUGGCUCCUCGGAAGGACCAGUGUAUCGUGUUUUCUACCAACGGAGUGGAAGAACGUGACUCCCAGUGGUCAUUCCUCAUCGUGGUGACCAGCACUGCCUGUGUUAUAGCUGUGCCCCUAAUUUGUUUUUUAUUAUAUAAAGUGUGUAAACUACAAUGUUCAUCAGACCCUUUCUGGGAAGAUGAUUUGGCGAAAGAGACAUAUAUCCAGUUUGAGACUCUGUCGCCCAGGUCACAAAGUAUAGGAGAGCUGUGGACACGGAGGCACAGAGAUGACACAGAGAAGUUGCUGCUGUGCUCUCGGGCAAGUGCGGACUCUCAGCUGAACUCUAAGUGUGACGAUUAUAGACCAGAAUACUAUUGCUGAGGUUGUGCAGGUGCAAUGACUGUGAGCCAAGAACCGAGGGAUCUAAUGCUGUCACAGACCCUCUGUUGGAUGACUUUUGGACAGACUUUCCUAUCAUCUGUGAGAAUCACAAACGCCAUUUUUUGAUGCAUUUUUUUAAUUUAGUUGAGAAACAUCUCAGCUAUAACAACAAAUGACCUUUAUUUUUUAUUACACGAAUGAUGUCCAAGUAAAUAAUUUCUUAGUAGUAUUUAAUAAGCUUAUAGUAAUUUUAGGGCAAUUUAGUUCCUAAAAUAAGUUUAUAAAAAAUACAAUAGCUAACCUUUUCAUUUGAAAGAACACAUGUUAGCAGUCAAGAGAUGUUAGCAUUGCCAGUGAAGGCUGGCAACCCUGAAUGUUCAAAGUGCUCUGAAGAGUUUGCUAGGAGCGUUUGCCGCAGCUGCCUGGCAUGCGAGCGUGAAACCCUAAUGAAUCUUGUGUCCACAUACAGUUUCUUCCCUAAUCCUUUAAAGUGAGGUAUCAGUUAAAUUAAGUACAACAUGAGGAUAAUAACAAACACAGCAUUUCUAUAGCACUAGUGGCUGUAUUUUAACACAGUACCUAGCGGUUAUAUUUUUAACACAGUUGAUAGACUGUCUGUAUGGGCCUCAUGAUGUGUUAAUUUAAGAAUGAUCUUCUUAAUUUCUUUCCACCCCUCCCAUCUCAUUGUCUUCCUUCAUCCUUUAAAACUUCCCUUUUAAGAGACAGAAGAUGCCCAGCCACCAACGAACUGCAAGCUCAGCUGUCUUCUGCCUCCCUUUAUUUUUAUUCUCUGGGUAGAAGGAAGGCCUCUGAGAUUUCUUUGCUGUUGUUGUUUUUGUUUUUCAGGUAUAGUGGUUUGCUCCUUUAUUUAUUUUUUCUUUUUCAUGGGGUUGGUGUUUUCCGUGUAUGCACACCUGGGGACCUCAAUGUGUGCCCAGUGCCCUCAGAAGACAGAAGUGGGCAUCGAGUUCACUGGGACCAGAGAUUAAACAUUACUGCAUGAUGAAUGGGUCAAAAAGAAAUUAAGAAACAAACACAAAAUACACAAACAGGAGGAGCACUCUCAAACUCUUCCUAUACAGCCAGUUUCAUGCUCAUACCUAACCAGAUAAAAACAUGGCAACCAAAGAAAGAACGCAGGGAAGCAAGAAAGCUAGCAAAUAAUCAGGCGAGGUAGAAAGAAAGAGAAGAGGCCAAAUAGCCCUUGUGAACAUGGAUCAAAACAUACUCAGUAAAAUACUUGCAAUCCUAGCACAGGCAUACAUCAAAAAGACUACCUGCAGCGACUGAGUUGGCUUUUUUUCCAGAGAUGCAGGGUUGGUUCAACAAUGCAAGUAAUAAUAAAUGCAAUUGUCUUAGUCAGGGUUUCCAUUGCUGUAAUAGAAUACCACUAGCAAAGCAACUUGGGGAGAAAAGGGUUUAUUUGGCUUAGG